AUGGUCUUCCAGUCGCAAUCAAAAGCUAUUGCCGGUGUUCUACUAACAAAAGACCGAAAUAAGAGAGAAUGGGAGAAUGUUCUUAAUAGCGAUGCAUGGACUAUUACUGGACUUCCAGAAGAGCUCCGUGGAGCAUUAUAUUUGAGCUAUGAUACUUUACCUUCUGCUCUUAAACAAUGUUUCCUCUAUUGUUCUCUUCAGCCGAAGAAUCAUGAAUUUGAUGUUGAUGAACUUGUUCUUGAAUGGAUUGCAGAAGGUUAUAUAAAACCAAGUGGAAAUUCAACAAUGGAAGAUGUUGCUAAAGACUAUUACAUGGAAUUAAUUAGGAGGAGUUUCUUACAACCUGAUUCAAAGUACGUUGAUAUGUCCAUAUGCACAAUCCAUGAUUUGUUGAGAGGUCUUGCUCAGGCUUUAGCAGGUGAUGAAAACUUUUUAGGAGAUCCACAAGAUGCACAGAAAGCUGAUUCAAUCAAAAAGUUACGUCGUCUGACAGUGUCAAGUGAAAGGGACAACGUGAGUAUUGAACAUCUUUAUUCCCUUAGAAAAUUAUCAUUAUCGACCCCUCCAAAUUUGAACACAUCAGUGAUUGGAAGCCUCAAGCAUUUGCGUCUAUUAAUCCUCAAUGGUGACAGGAUUGAGAAUAUCCCCGAUAGUAUUGGGGAUUUAGUACACUUGAGGCUUCUUAAUUUAUACAAUUCAAGGAUAUGUGAACUACCAGAAUCUUUGGGAAACCUCAUUAACUUACAAUUCUUGUUGCUAAGUUGUUGCAAAUCUUUGCACAUCCUUCCUAGAAGCAUAACUAAGCUAUGCAGUUUGAGGAGACUCAUUCUUCACAAAACACCUUUGAAUUAUGUGCCCAAAGGAAUAGGCAAAUUGGAGCAUCUUAAUUUUUUGACAGGAUUUGUCAUAGGAAACAAUGGUAUUAAUGAAGGCGAGGGAUGCGACCUAGAAGAGCUGCAAAAGCUUAAAAAUCUCAGUUACCUUGAAAUAGAGAACUUGGAGAAAGCAAGAGGUAAAAGUGCUUUAGUUCUUUCAAACAAGCCUAGUCUUAGAGAAUUGUAUCUUAGUUGCACACCCAAUAUUAGUGGGCAUGUUCAACAGCAAGAGAUGGACAAGAUUGUACAAGUCUUUGAUGAGCUUUCCCCUUCAAUAAGUCUUUUUGAUCUAACAAUUGCAAAUUAUUUUGGGGCUCGAUAUCCAAAGUGGAUGACGCCCACUUCAAUUAGUAUUGCUUUUCUUGAAUUAAGUUAUUUGAAACUUAUAAAUUGCUCCAAGUGCCCUCAGCUUCCCUCGUUUGGCCAACUACCUCAGCUCAAGUAUCUGAGGAUAGAAGGAGCAACUGCAGUAGUUUCAAUUGGCCCUGAAUUUCUAGGGAAUGGAGAACCUGCAGAAAGUGCCUUCCCCAAGCUUCAAUACUUAGAACUCAGCGACAUGGCUAACUGGGAGGAAUGGUCACUGAUCAGUGGAGAGGAAGACACCAAGCUUGAAUCUAGCAAUCUAUUGCUCUUUCCCCAUCUCAAGACAAUUGUCAUUAACCACUGCCCCAAGCUUAAAGCUCUUCCAAGAGGCUUGAAUCUCAUCCAAAAAUUGAAAAUUUUCAGAGCUCACAACCUUUCAAGGGUCUCUGAUCUCCGUGCCUUGAGAGAAUUGGUAGUUGUUGAUUGCCUAAUGCUGAAGUGUGUCGAGAAGCUUGAGUCUCUGCAGAACUUGAAGAUGAUGGAUGCAGUGGAUACGAAUCUCCCUGAGUGGCUCAUUUCUUUUCUCCAACAACACGAAAAGCUUCACGAUAAUCAAUUCCACUUGCAGUUGGAGUGCAGUGCCCAAGCAUUGAAGGGAUGUUUGAAAGGGCAUCCCUACUGGAAUUUCCUCCAGCAAGUGCCUCGGUUGGAAGCAUAUGCAGAGAACAAAAGUAUGUAUUUAAAGUACAUCAAGGAUCCAUUUUCCUACCAAACCAACGUUGAUGAAGAUAUCAACUGAUGAAGACGGGGAUGAAAGCCUGAAGUUUAAUGAGAUGCGGAGAUGCAUGACUGGAGGAAUGGUGGUAAACAUGUUUACAAAAAGAAAAUGUGAUACCAUGACCGACCUGCACACUAGUUUGAGAUUUCAAAUUACAUGGCUUCAAUUUGAGUUGAUGGUUUAUGCGGAUCAUGAAUUCCAUAUCUGUUCUUGCAAGAGCACAGAGAAGCAUGCUGCCAUGCUUUGGAGUUUCUUUCCUUCAUCAUGCUUUUUUUAAUUUUCAAUGAUCUAUGUGGAUAUGCUGGGUGAGCAAUGGCAUAACCAUCUGCUACAAUUCAGACUGACGAAAUUGAUUCAUUCACAAACUUCAUCUAUUCACACAAUUCCAACUUCUUCAGAAUCAGUGAACUAAUGAACCAAUCUUGGAGCCUGGAUUCUAGCUCAACAAUGAACAGAUUCAUGCGGAAGAUUUUAUAGAUGUGACAACAUGAGAACUUGCAAGCAUAUUGAAUUCUUAUUCAACCGAGUUACGUUAUUGAUUUUAACGGGAGGGCCAAAAAAGGAUGGGUUUACAUAUUUGUCUGGCAGGGACUUGAUGAAUAAACCUCAAAAUUGUUUGAGAAUGUUCUCUAAUCCUGCAAGGCAGGCAUGAGCAAUUAAAGACAUAACAAAGGGAUCAAAAUGUUCUUACUCAAAUUAACCAUUGUCCUCUGCUUUCCACCAUUACCAACAAAAAGAUGCAUCAAGAGCACUUGCGAAAAGUUUGGAGUGUUACAGUUCUUGAAUUAAUUUCCUUCUUUGAUUUUUUUUUUUUCUGAAUAGUUUGCUAAAGUUUCUCAGUGAUUAAAGUACAUAUCAAAAAAUGUAGUGGAGCAUGAUGAGGAUCAUUCUCUCAGUGUAUGCUACUCUGACAAAGCUUUGGGGGGACUUCUAUGUUUUUGCAAGGUCGUGGUUGGUUGUGAAUAUAUCGGCACAUCCUUCCUUGAGGCAAAACUAAGCUAUGCAAUCUACGGAGUCUCCAUCCAGAAGGCACACACUCCUUUGAAUUACGUCUGUAAGACAUCUUGUUAACCUAACAGGAUUUACGGUCAUAGAUGAAGGUAUUAACAAAGAUGUACAUGCCCGUGGUACAACGUAGCCCACACACAUGUGAGUGCAAAGACCAUCCACAGUUUGUGCUUACAGUUCUCAGGCGUGCACUCUCGCCAUGUUGAAUUGAUCUCUCACCAACUAUAAAGCAACUUCAUGAAGGACCCGAGCGCCAAUUUGUUAAAUAUGGGCUUGAUAUGCUAGGGAUGUGAUUUGAUCAUUGGUAUAGGGUUAUGUUUGUUGUGUAAUGAAAGAAAGACGGAGAGAUGGAGAGGGUGAGCUCUAUUGUAUUUAGAGAGUAGAAAGAUUGAAGAAUGUGUAAAGGAGUGCUCUUGUUCUUUUUUGAUUUCAUUAAAGCAAGGUAAGAUCUUUGUUUUUGAGAUAAGGUUAGUUUUUA